AUGAACGACUUAACUCGAAGGCUGGAUGAAGUAAUAGAGACGCUCAAUGGUGGUGAUGAGAACCUGUCUGCUCUGUCGAGUCGGCUGUCUCAAGCUUCACUUUCUGAUGUGGAAAGUUGGAGUGAUAUAUGUCCAGACUUGGUAAAGGCUGGGUUAUCUCCAAGUAUUGUAUCCGAGCAGAGGGAAUAUAUCCAACAAUGGCUACUGAAUGCCGUCAAGGCCGGCCGAAUCAUUGUCGAGUCACUCCCAGACGAGGCCAGUCAAGCCGUUAGCGACGUUUGGCGCAUUGAACACGAUGGACAUGCAACCAACUAUGGAGGCGAGAGCAUAGUGACCAUCACAAAUCGCAAUGGCAGUCCAUCUCUCAGACCUCAUUCAGUCUUGACUCGCCGACUUUCCGACAACUCGCAACAGCUCGAAACAGACACUACCACUAGCUCAGCACCUAAAAACAAACGCGCCUUGAAAAGCUGGACCCACUCCCUGACCAGCAAACUCCGGUAUGGAACUUUAAACUCUCAGGACGCUAUCGCGAGAGCCGCUUUCUUUGGCGAUCUCUCGUCGGUGCAGAAGAUUAUGGCUUCCAGCAAUAAACUUGAUCCGGCCUGGCGCGACUGGGAUAUGAUCUUAUCUAUGGCUACUGAAAAUGGAAACAUUGCAGUGCUGAGCGACCUGCUGGCUCUUGGCGUAUUCACAGGCCGGAAAGACCAGCUGUGCAGUUGUCUCUCUUCUGCCAUUGAAAGGAAAGAUAUCCAAAUAAUGACUCUGUUUUUCGACAACGGAGUACCCCUUGAGGCUAAAGAUCUUGCUCUUGCAAUGAGGUUCGCUCCGGAAGGGUUCAUUGAGAGAAUGCUGGGUAGAAUGGACGGAGAUGGCGUCCUGGACCAUCAGAGCUAUGCGCAUCACCUUCUUCAUACAGCCGCAGAGCGCGGUCACGGGAACGCAUUCCAAUCACUCGUUGCGCAGUACGGGGGUAUCAACGCUGCUAUCAACGAGACAACCCCAUUCCAUUUAGCCUGCCGUUCCGGAAACGCGGAGAGUAUCCAGCUUGCGCUGGAUCUAGGAGGGAACGUCAGAGUAACUGACGCGCGAGGCGAUAGCCCACUUCACGCGUUGAUACUUGGGGGCGGUCACCCUAGAUACGAGAUUGGCGCGACGAUUAUGCUGCUGGUGCGAAAUGGGGCGCUUCUCGAUGGGGAAUCCGGUGAUGGGCAAACUGCACUCCAUUUAGCGGCUAGAUGCGCACAUAUCAAAGCAAUGGAAGCUCUGAUGCAGAUGGGAAUGAGCCCGAACAUUCAAACCACCGAAGGCAAAACACCAUUGCAUACCGCCUGCAAGGGUGAAUGGGUGCAGCGUAGCGUGGAGCGUUGGUUACCUGGGUAUCUAAAAAAGGAGUUCAAUGUCACUCAAUUCUACAUACGGUCCCUCUCUGAUAUGAAAGACCCGAGGGAAACCAUCUACUACCGAGAGAAAGCAGAUGAUGCUAUACGGCUUCUCUUACGGUACGGGGCUUCAGUUGAUGUACGUGCGAUGGAGAGUGUCACCCCGCUGCAUCUUGCGUCGGAGAGCGGGGAGCCAAGCCGGAUAAAGAUCCUUCUUCAACAUGGAGCUGCCGCUCAAGCGGUUGAUGACUGGGGAUGGACGCCAUUGCAUUAUGCUAUUACCAGUGCAUCGCAAGAGGCAGUAGACCUGCUCAUUCCGUACGGCGUCGACCUGACGAAACAGGUCCCAGUGAAGAUGAUGGGCGAGCACCAGGAACAGAUGGACGCAGAUUAUCUGCUUCGAGUCAUAAAUGAAGGCACUUUUACAGGCCGGAAAAUCACAUUGCGGCUGGAGGAUGAUGAGAAGACCUCUACGACAAGGAAGUAG